AGCGAGAAAACGACGAUUAUACUCUGUGCGAGGAUAGUAGGCCGAGAGAGAAAGGGAGACGUGACGGGAACGCGAGAGUGCGCUUGAUGAUGCCAGGCUAGAGAGAAAGGGUGGAAACAUGGGGGGAGCGGAAGGCGGAAGGCCGACCGCGAGGGGGUGGUGUGCGAGAGAAAACCGCUAGCGUGUACUGCAGUACGGGAUAGUGAGCUGCCAGCUAGCCUCCUCUCUCACACCGUGAAAAAGCCGCCAUCGGUCGAGCAAUCGUACGACUGUACAGCUGUUCGCUUUCAGCCGUUCGUUCCACCCCCUUCACGGCACAGAUCGUUUACGAGGGUGUUCGAUCGACGGAGUCUGUUGUGUGUCUAGUUCAUCCUGCGGUGUUGUACAUGUGUGCGUGCAUGAUAGACAUUGGAUUCGCGCGCGUGAUCGUUCGCGAGGUUGCUUCGGGCCUCUUCAGGGUGUGAUCUGGUGAUAUCGCUCCGCAAAAGCCAGCGGCUCCGACAUCCUCGUCGAAUGUCAAGGACGAUGCGGCAUUUCACCGUUACCGUAUACCGACACGACACCCGUUAGAUUUUCCCGUUCGGCGACACACGGGGAUUGGAGGAACAAACAGCGACAAACAGCGACGUCGGUUAGGACGUGUUGCGAGUGUUUGAGAGUCGCAACGCCAAAGAGUCCUUCGAUCUUCCCUUGGGAGUUCCCUUAAAUUAAAUCGCGAAACACGUCACUCGCCCUCGUCUCUCGACAUCGCCGAAUUCCUGACAAUGCAGGCGCCUGUUCCCGAGUGCGGCGAGUCGUCGGAGGACGAUGAGGUGGAUAACGAUCCUCCCUCAGUCGCUUCUAGAAGCGACAGCUCAGGAACGUUAUCCUCGUGAGACGCUGCCACCUGUGUCGAAAGUAUUUCUUACGCUCUGAGUGGGUUGAGAGUAUCGCGAAUAUUUAUUAAUAUUCAAACGAGGAGCUUUGAAGCGUCGACACCCAGGGUGUUAUUGACGGAUUUAGAGAACGUUUCUUUGUGCGAAGAAUUGGACACUGCUACAAUAGGGAUUCGAAGAAUUUGCUCUUUGAAGAAGAAUUUAAACGACUGGACAUUUGUUCAGUAACAUUUGGCUGGCACGAGUGGGCUUUGAGGCGAAUAUUUGAAAUGUGAAAAGAUUCUGCAAAAUCUACAAAAAUGUUAUUCAUGCCUGAAGACAAACGCAAAUAAUCGAGUGUUGAUGAUAAGCGAGUUCUCGAGAAAAAAAAUCUUACAAUACUCUGCGCAAGAUAUUGAACGAAGACACGGAGAGACACGGAGAUCUUGUUUCUUUCUAAUCGAAAGCGAUUACGGGCGACAUUGUUUUUGCUGCACCCUGAGGUGCAAUACUCACAUGCAAAAAAGUGAACAACGUUUUUACGUUCUUAGAAAAGUAACUUGCGGAUUUCGUUGUUAUCUGAUGAAGAGUUUAAGUGAUUAAAGUGGUUGUCAAUUGAUAAAAUCUGAAGCACACUUUGAAGUUGUGAAACGGUGCUUUUGUGGAGAUAUAAGGCAAGAUGGAGUUACCCUUGAACCUCGUUGGGUAAUGUCAUCGACAUGUCAAGGAUUGAUCUCUCGAAACUUGCAAAAGAGCGUGUCCUGAUCGUUUUAAGGAUCUGUUGACCGUGACCUUCGGCCACCAUGUGACGUCAUCCGGGUCACGCGGAAACGUAUCGUGCAAACGGGAUGUCUCGAGACGCUAUUGUUGCCGCCGUCGUGGCGGCGGUAGCGGCGAUCAAUUAAAGUGUCGAUGUGCACUUGCGAGACCUUGUUUUAUAGUCUCGAGAAUUCUUUUCGUGAGACAGACAUCGCGAGUACAAUCUACUUCGCGAAAGAAAGAAAAUACAUCUGGAAUGAAUGACAAUGGACAGUGCAUAGUUUCGUUUCGAUGUUUCAAUAAUAAUAACUUUUAUUGCUCUUGUUAGGCGAGUAUUUGUGCUCAUUGAUAGUUCACAUAAGUAGUUGAUAACAUAAAAUAUAUAUAUAAAGCAACAAGAUCUCAAAAUGUCGCUUUCAUGAAAAGCAAUCGCUCAAAUCGAAUGUUGGAAAAUGCUUCUAACUUUCAGUCGCAAAUUAUAAAAAGUACAAGGCGAAAGUGCGCUCACGUGUUAAAUUUGAUUUCAGAUGUUUUCGUGGAACGUUUCCAGAGCGAAACACGAAUCAAUACAAAACGAUUCCAAGUAAAUCGUCGAAUACGCUUCUCCUUUCAUAAUUGCGCAAGAUGCGUUAAUGCGCUUACACAAUAUUACUGUUAUUUACGAUAAAUCGUUACUGUUAUCUAGGGAUAAUUAUAGCACUCAACGCGAGUGUCACUUGAUGUUAAAAGAGGUUGCGCAAUAUCGAGCUUCGUGAAAUUUCUCUUUUAGCUAAUAUAAGCUUAAAAGCAAUCAGGCAGGAUAAGAAACCUCAAGUUACUCAUUCUGUGCUCAAUUGUUGUUUAUAAAUUAUCUGACCCGCGCUUUUUGAUGUAUUUUCGGUAACCAAGACCGACGUGAAAAUCAUCAGCCUCACAUAACUUAAUAAUAAAUCAAUAUUUCAUUAAUAACUCAUGUUUGCUAUGCUGCACUGUUAAUUACAAGAAACUUGUUGAGAUUCAUUGGAAUUUAAAAUUUUGAGAAAAGCUGCUUUUAAAAAGCGGUUAUAAAAAUCAUAAGGAUCAUCGGCGGAACUACUCACAAAGUAUUUUGGCAAUUUUUAUGAAUAUUGUUGAUGUUAAGAACAUAUGGUAAAUAGCAUGAAGUAUAGUGGCCCGUGAUAAUUUUCAACCUUUCUAACAAGAAGGAAGUUUACUUUAGUCAAGUGAAACUAUCUUGCAAAGUCGCGUUCGCAAGUAUUGUCUUCCAUCAUAUCGUUCUCGGAAGAAGAGAGAAAUUGGAGAGCAAGUAACCCUCUUACGCUCGAGAAACCACUCACAAAUUCCUCUUGAUGCAAAUUUAAUCAGCAGGUUGCGGACAGAACCGAAAUUAUUCAGAUCGUUUGAGGAUCCUUUUCACUGCGACACACAAGUGGAACGCACGAAAUUGCUUUCGCGGCUUCUUCGACAAAUUAUUUUUGCUCCAUUACUCGUGGCCGAGCGUUUCCACUUGCUUCCCUAAGGAUGACGAAACUCCUUGGCUAGAUUGCAAUGACGAGUCGUCACGAGUAGCAGAACUUCACAAGCUGUUGCGUGCGUUUCCUUCAUAACCACGUUAUUUGCUGCGAUAUAUUUAACGAGCAGUAUACUCCUCUCAUUGGAUCUAUCUCGGAGUCUACUUUCUUUGAAGCGUAAAAGCUAAAUUUUUUUGCUAAUUUGCUAUAUCGAACCUCGAAUUUAUUGUGAGAGAGACUUCCUCUUAAACAUCCUUCUAAUCAAGAUAAUAAUAAAUGCGCAAGACAUACACUUGCACAGUGAAACAAAUGAUCGUACAAGAUCAAUACUAUUCGAAACGUAGAAAAUAUUUGAGAUAUUAUAAAUUGCGGGAACAUCUACGUUAUACUAGCAAGCAAGAGCAUCAGAAUCAUAAAAAAAGAGACACGAUGCACAAGUCUAUCUUUUAUAAUAAGUCAAUUGAUCACGCCAUUACGCGACAAUGGACAACUGGAAUCUCUUCAAGAUGUUUGACAAGGAUUCAUCGAUUCUUCUUGCCCGACGAUUGUGCGUUUAUCUGACUUUGCUCAUUGUGUCUGCUGGUACGUGAUUGUUUUUAACAUAGAGUGUGAUCAGAGAGAGACUCGUGGCGAUGUGGUCGAAGGGACGAUGUGGCCGAACGUCGUCGGCAGAACUCGGAAGUCCCGCGAUUGCCUCAAGGUGAAGUUACCGGCAGCGAAGAAGAAAAGGAAAAAGAACGAGUCGGUGUGCUGUAAGCUUCUCGCCCUGUUACAUAAUCGCAAGCCUCGGGAUCCGGUUCGUGGCCUCAGCGCCGCCUCGUCGGUGCCCCUGCUCGAUAUGGGCGCCAGAGCAUGGGACUACGAGGCCCUGCCGGAGCUCCACACCUCGACAGCGGUCACGCCGACCUCGACGCCACCGAACGCGUCCCAACAAAAAGUGCCCAAGGUGUAUUUUCAAGCAGAGAAUCUGGCGUCCACCAGGCGGAGGAGCAGCAGUAAAUUGCUGGGGCCGCAGCAAUCUUGCAGGAGACGCAGCAGGAGUAUGAGCGCGUGGAGCGAUCUGUCCAGGUCGUCCUUCAGGUUGGAAGAAAGAGUUCGUGUUGAGUACUAUGUGAACGAGAACACGUUCAAGGAGCGGCUACAACUGUACUUCAUCAAGAACCAACGUUCGAGCUUGAGGAUACGAGUUGCCAAUCUCUUUUUCAAGCUGCUAACAUGCUUCCUGUAUAUAUUCAGAGUUAUUAUCGACAACGAUCCGACGUAUGCAGCAUGUUACGGUUGCUCCCCCGGCAACAAGACGGAGUUCCUCGCGUCGCAGAACUUGACGGAAGAGGAGUUCCAGGAGCAUCCGACCAUCAACUGGGAUGCAAUCCUCUGGGUCAGACGACCUCUGGAGUUGUGGGUGAUCCAAGUGAUCCUGGCAAUAGUGUCGCUGACCGAGGCCUUGCUGCUCGCCUAUCUCGGUUACAAGGGAAAUAUCUGGCAGCAGCUAUCCUUCCACUUCAUUCUGGAACUGCUCAACACAAUCCCGUUCACUAUCACGUUAUUACACCCACCAAUGAGAAAUCUGUUCAUUCCGGUGUUCCUAAAUUGCUGGUUGGCGAAACAUUCCCUGGAGAAUCUCUUCAACGACCUGCACAGAGCGAUGCAGAAAUCCCAGUCGGCGUUGAGUCAGCAGCUGAUGAUCCUUAGUGCUACGUUACUGUGCCUUGUCUUUACUAGCGUAUGCGGGAUCCAGCACUUUCAGAGAGCGGGGCACAGGCAUUUGAAUCUAUUUCAAAGCACAUAUUACGUCGUGGUGACGUUCUCCACGGUGGGCUACGGGGAUUUCGUGCCGGAUAUUUGGCCGUCGCAACUUUACAUGGUUAUCAUGAUCUGCGUGGCGCUCAUAGUGCUACCGACGCAGUUUGAACAGUUGGCUUUCACGUGGAUGGAGCGGCAGAAGCUGGGUGGUUCGUAUUCGUCGCACAGAGCGCAAAGCGAGAAGCACGUGGUAGUUUGCAGCACGACGUUACAAGCGGAUACCAUCAUGGACUUUCUAAAUGAGUUCUACGCCCAUCCUUUACUGCAGGAUUAUUACGUGGUGCUUUUAUCGCCAAUGGAGCUUGAUACCACAAUGCGGAUGAUCCUGCAAGUGCCGAUCUGGGCACAGAGAGUAAUUUACAUACAGGGCUCGUGCCUGAAGGAUGGCGAUCUCGCCAGAGCCAGGAUGAAUGAGGCGGAAGCCUGCUUCGUUCUGGCAGCGAGAAAUUACGCCGACAAAACCGCUGCUGACGAGCACACGAUACUCAGAUCAUGGGCGGUGAAAGAUUUCGCGCCCAAUGUUCCUCAAUACGUUCAAAUCUUCCGUCCGGAAAACAAACUUCACGUCAAAUUCGCGGAGCACGUGGUUUGCGAAGAUGAGUUUAAGUACGCCCUUUUAGCGAACAACUGCACGUGUCCCGGCGCUUCGACAUUGGUUACACUGUUGCUGCACACGUCUAGAGGACAAGAAGGUCAACAGUCGCAGGAGGAGUGGCACAGGCUAUACGGUAAAUGUUCCGGCAACGAGAUUUAUCACAUAAUUCUCGGUGACUCCCGCUUUUUCGGGGAAUACGAGGGAAAAUCCUUCACCUACGCGUCCUUCCAUAGUCACCGGAAAUACGGAGUUGCACUUGUCGCAGUCAGGCCGGCGGAACUUCCGGAAUUUUACGAGGACACCAUCCUGCUGAAUCCUGGACCGCGGCAUAUAAUGAAAAAGACCGAUACCUGCUACUACAUGAGCAUCACCAAAGAGGAGAACUCGGCGUUCGUGGUCGCGAAUAACCAGUGCGGCGUCGCCGGUGAGGGUACUCAAGUGAUCGUCGAGACGAAGACAGACAUGACGUCCGCGAGCAACGGAUCGACGGCAAAUACCACGACGACGAAUACCACCGCGGCGAUCAUGAAUUCCAUGGGGGCGACGUCGGCGACGACCACCACCACUACCACCACGACGAUAUCGACCAGUUGCAUCGGCGGUGGCGGCGAUGGGAACGGUACAGCAAUCAGCAACGGUGCCGACGCGCACCAGCGAUUUUCCAACAGUUGUAACGUUGCGCUGAGCGAAACACUCCGCAGGCAGGAGACCUGCACGGGGCCCCGUGCGCAGGACCGGUCGAACGGUCACCAAGGUCACAGGGCCCCGUUGCCACCGCAGGUUAUUUUGCAGGUCCUCCCUAGCACGCCCACACCAAUCCAACACCACAACUUACUCGCAUCCGAUGUCCACCCGAGUUAUCUUGAUCCCGGAGGAUUCGGAGAUUCGAGGCAAUGCUUGAAAGAAGGAGGAUCAACGCCACAAACACCAAUUACUGGAAAUCAUUUAGACGUGCCACGAUCUCUCGAUCCGAAUCCCAAUCUGCUUAGUCCAGAAAUUUUAACCCAGAGGAGAGGGAGCAGAAGACCAAGUAUUCUACCAGUACCAGACAUGCUCACUAGUUCGACCCUGCAUUUGCCUGGCCAGGAAUCCUUGGACCACGAAGGUGACGAAUCCGAGGACGAAAUGGAUGAUGACGUUCCCUGGAGAUCGCCAAGCGAGAAGAUCGCCUUCAAAGGGAUCGUCAAGGGAUUUCCGCCGGUUUCCCCGUUCAUUGGAGUUUCGCCGACAUUAUGCUACCUCCUCAAGGAGAAAAAGCCACUCUGUUGCCUUCAGCUGGCUCAGGUGUGCCAACAUUGCAGCUACAGAAACGCCAAAGAGUACAAUUGGCAGAAUAAGACCAUCAUUCUGGCCGCGGAUUACGCUAGCAAUGGGAUUUACAACUUUAUAAUACCAUUAAGGGCACACUUUAGGUCGAAAACAUCAUUGAAUCCGAUUAUCCUUUUGCUGGAGAGAAAACCAGAAAUCGCGUUUCUCGACGCGGUGUCCUAUUUUCCAUUGGUCUACUGGAUGCGCGGCUCCAUCGACUGCCUGGAUGAUCUCCUCCGGGCCGGCAUCACUUUGGCGGAAAACGUCGUAGUCGUAAACAAGGAACUUAACAAUUCUGCUGAGGAGGAUACCCUAGCUGAUUGCAACACGAUCGUUGCAGUACAGACUAUGUUCAAAUUUUUCCCAAGCAUAAAAAGCAUAACGGAGCUGUCCCAGUCGAGCAAUAUGCGCUUCAUGCAGUUCCGGGCGCACGACAAGUACGCUUUGCAUCUCAGCAAAAUGGAAAAGGUACUCCUCAGUGCUACUACCGAUGACAACCACCCCGAUGAGCCUCCGAUGGGCUCCCCGAGGGAAAAGGAACGAGGAUCUCACAUAUCGUACAUGUUUCGAUUGCCGUUUGCCGCCGGUAGUGUUUUCAGCGCCUCGAUGUUGGAUACGUUGCUUUAUCAAGCGUUUGUUAAAGAUUACGUAAUCACUUUUGUGAGACUAUUAUUGGGGGUAGACCAAGCGCCGGGCUCUGGAUUUCUCACGUCGAUGCGCAUAACGAAGGACGAUAUGUGGAUAAGGACGUACGGCAGAUUGUAUCAGAAACUCUGCUCGACCACUUGCGAAAUCCCGAUCGGAAUAUACAGGACGCAGGACACCACCAUAUCCGACUCCUCACAUCAGGGCGACUCAGACGCGGAAAGCGACGCCGGCGUCGGUGUGACGUACAAGGUGCGUCAUUCGGCGGCAGCAUCGUGCCUUGCAAAUUGCGCUACCCGCGACAAGGGUGCAUCUGCUUACUCGGUGAGCCUCGGCGAUGAGGCGCGCGACAACCACGCGCAGCAGAUUGAGCGGGCGGAGAUCGCAAAUCUGGUGCGCUCGCGAAUGGAGUCGCUGAACCUGCCGGUCGCCGACUAUGAUGACGUGUCAGAGAAACGCAACAGCCUGUCCUAUGUGAUCAUCAACCCGAGCUGCGAUCUGAUACUCGAGGAGGGCGACAUCGUCUACUUGGUGCGGCCCAGUCCGUUCUCCGCGCAGAAGACCUUCGAGCGUCACAAUUCCCGGCGCAAGAGCAACAUCAGUUUCUGCUCGGCGCAGCUGGUGUCACAGAUGAGUGCGGCGGUCGCAGCCGCCGGCCUGCAAACCGGCCCAGGAAGCCGUCGCGGCUCCACCAUAGGCUUGGCCAGGGCGCCACCCUUGAGCACGACCAAGUCCAAUUCACUGUCCCUGCCCGACAGUCCCACAGUGGCCGGCACUCUGCGCGGUCGCUCCAACUCGCUGAGGGUGGUCGACGACAUCCUACUGCGGCGCAGCAAUUCUCUGCGACAGGGUCUGACGGCGACCAGGCGGAAGAGCAGUUUGGAGGACAUCGGUUUGGGUGCACUCUCCCAUCCCUCCAAUUAUAACCCGAUCAAGAUCGCUCUGAACGGUUCGAUCGGUCUGGAGGUGACGCCGCCGGAAGAGGGCUCGCAGGGUGCAGGUGGCGCGAGUAAUACGGGUAUCCUCGACGUGGGCCUGCCCUCCAUGCCGGAGCUGAACGUGGCCUUGGGUGGACCUAGCCUAGGUGCGGGUCUUGGUGGUUCCCUGGGCGGCCUUUAUGAUCCACCCUCCCUUCAAGGCCCGAUGGGUUCGCCCUGCCAGUCGCCACAGAUGCAGGGUACCGCGCAAGAUCCGCAGCACAUACAGGGGACAAUAGUAUGAUAUAACCUUAUGUGGGGACGCAGGCUCUCCGGCGUGGCACGAAACAAGUGGCUGUAGCGUUCCCACAUGGCGUUCAGAACGGCUGGGCGUCGAAACGACGCCUCUAUUAGCGAAGUCGAAUACGGUAGAACGUAUACGAGCUGCAUAUCUCGUGGGACUGAUCAAGCCGGAUGAACGAGACGGCCGGAGAGCAAGGUGUUUCGAUGAAAUCACAUCGAACCGAUGGCUGUUCCCAGUGUCGGAAGAAUAUUUUUGUCAUAUUUUCGGGCAGAUUGAAGUGAACUAGUUCAACAGCAUCAAUUUGAUUUUGAUCCAGAGCUGAUUUAUUGGCACUAGUUCAACUUUGGUUAAUAAUUAUGUAUAACAAAUAUUUUUACGGCACAGUUUUUUUAUCGUAAAACGGAAUAAUAAGAAAAUAUUUCAUUAAUAACGCUAGAGCAAAAUUGAUGCAACCGAUUAUUAGCUUUUAAAUAAUCGACGAGCCAUAGAGAAUGAUAAAAAACUUGAAUUCUUUACUCGCUCAGGUACUCAUGUUAAUGCUGUUGAACUACUUCUACUUGGAUUGGCAGUAAUAUUUUUUUCUUUUUUCGUUCCUCGAGGCAGCGCGAUUUACGGUAACUUGUGGACCUAAAGCGCGGAUAUAUCGAAUCGUAACUGUGAUACGUCAGAUUCGCUAAUUCCCCGCGGAAGUGUACGUCGUUUGUUCACGGAGAGUCUCGUCGGAGAUUCCAAUGCUACUGCAAUCGUGGAUGAAGAGUCGCUUCGAAAAUCGAGCCAAAUACUAACGCGCGGUAAUUCAUUGUUAGAGGACGAUGUAACUACGUUACGAGCUUCAUUUCGUAUGUACUUUACUUUUGUAACUCGUACCCGUAGCAAGCUGCGUUCUUAAAACGUUUUGCUCUCUAGGUCGGCUCUAGUGUUCCGAUGUCCGUAUGUUUACGACUUCAUUCAUCGGAUAGUAGAUGGUGUGAAUCAAUUAGUGCGAAAGACACUUCAAAAAGAAGCGCGUCGCGUGGUGACGAGCGUAUAUCCGACGAGCGUAUACUGCGAGUCAUUUAUUUAUUUAAUUUUAUAUUUCUCUAAACUUUGUAAAUUUAUACACGAUUUUAUAGGGAAAUAAUCAACAUACACGAUAUCUGCAAAAUUGUCUUGCACAAGUAUUAUGCUUUAAAUGACAUGACAUGACGAAAAUUACAAAAUUACAAAAUACUAAUUAAGUACUAUCACGGAGAAAUAGAUUUUCUUGUUUAUGAUCACGUUAUUAGUGAUUUUCAGACAGUAUGAUAAUAUUUCAUAUAGAUCAGGUAGCCGACUCAUGGUAGUCGCUCGUCCGUUGUUCGCUUAAUAGAUUCUCGCGCAACGGGGACAUAGCAGGAAUGUUCUACAACGCACUCCUCGAUUCCUACUUACAAUUAGCAUCGCGCUCAGCGAUCGAGCGCGAAUAAUUUUAUAUUAGAGGAAUUUAUGGCGGGCGAGAGUCUUAUUAUACAUAUUGCGAUGUAUGACCAUUUUAAUCAUAUCACGUAAGAGUGCCGCUUGCGCGGAAAUCACUGUUCUACCUACAUAAAUAGGAGAAAGAGUAUUUUAGAUGAGACUUAAGUGCUUAGGACAUGCGCGUAUUAUCUCAUGACUUUUAGCGUGACUAAUUAAUCGUCCACGGUGGGCACAGUGUCGAAUCGCAGGACGAUUCUCGACCAUACGUAAUUCUCCGUGACGACGCCAAGAUUUUACGGCCGAUAUUUCAGACAAAUACACACAGACGAGAUCGCAAAUUAUGGUAGACGAGAUUCGAUCGCGGAUAUAAAUCGCAUGACGGAUAAUUAGUAUUCUAUUAUUAGUAUCUUCUUCUUCAUUUAUUCUCGUAUUAGUUUCAUCUUCGAUCCGUGUUUCUUGAGUACGAGUCGAUUCAAGAAGUAAUUGUUCUUAGCAAGUGAGCGUGAUUGUUCCCGCUUGACCUAACAAUCCGUUUAAUUAGUUAGUCAAACACGAGAGUCGUCGUCCACGACUCAAGUCAAGUCGCACCGACUGGCUUACGGUUACCUAACUAUGAAUGGCACUUCCCAGUCCAUUUCUAUAGGUUGCUACAUCGCAGCUAUGAUUGUCGGUGGAACAGCGUAAUCAAGCGUCGUGAAAAUCCGAAAAAUGUUUGAAAAGUUUUAAAAGAUAUCUAGUAGAAGGACACAUCUUUCAGAUGUUUUUUGGAUGCUCGCGUGUCGUUUGCGCAAAAUUAAAAGCAUCGCGGUUAGUGGUACCCAGAUUGGUGCAACUGGUCGCAAUAGGAUUUAAUUUUUGAUGUGACGCCGCUAAUCAUGGUGCUCGCAGCCAAAUGCAAUCGUUCGUUGACCAAUUUACACGUUUCUUCGACCAAACGAGUCAUGUUAUCGAGUACCUGCUUGAAUAUUGCUUUCAUAGCCCGGCCAGUUCGGCCUCGUUAGACGCGCGACCAGAGAUGUAUUCUACAAAAUAGCUUUGCAACUUUUUCGAUUAUUAUUUCUCGUCAGUUUGUCAGUCUACAAUAGUUAAUUCUUUCGCGUUUUAAAUCGCAACACAAUCAGAUUUAACAAUAAGUCGUAUUUUUCACAUAAUAUUUUACAAGAUUACAUUUACAAUUUCGCUAUAAUAAUUAAAGAUUAUAAUAAAAGCGGCAAAUAUAUUUACAAGAGUGUACAUAUGGGCGCGAAGCGCAAAGUACGAAACCUGGAAAGUUGCUUCGUUGAAAUAGGAGAUCAAUCUGGUCAGAUUGUAAUUCAAAUAUAAAAUUGUAAUUCGAGAAUUCAAUAUACCUGAGAAGUUAAAUACAACACUUUAUAACUAUCCCGUACAUCAAGGGUUUAUGUGAGGGUAUAGGACGUGUUCUGAAGCGGGGAAAUAUUGAUUUCGCUUAUACGGUUCACAAAAGACUCAAUUGUCUCAUUAAACUUGGUAAAGAUAGGUUAAUUAAUGGUCAGCAUAUGGGUGUUGCAUACAAAAUUGAAUGCGAGAACUGCGAAGCUUGUUAUAUCGGGCAGACCAAACGUCACUUGGAGACGCGUGUGAAGGAGCAUAGGUCGGAUAUUUCGAAGGACGAUAAUUGCUUGUCGGUUGUCAGUAAGCAUCGAGCUCUUAAUGAUCAUAAUUUUGAUUGGUGCAAUACCAAAAUUUUACAUCACGAAAACCAUAGGAGGAAGCGAGAAAUCACGGAGAUGGUUUUUAUCAAAAAGCACUCUAACUCGAUAAACAUGCAGAAGGAUACGGAAGAUUUGCCGGCUGCUUAUGUCUCUAUUUUGUAAGUCACUUGGUUGUUUGUCUCAGCAUCAGUCGUGUUUUGAUGAUCAUGAGGGAGGCUUCGUGCUCCUUGACGCGCUCUCAGUUAUUUUCAGCCAGUGAGUGUCGUCCUGUCCUGUUUUUCUUUGUAUGAUUUUUCUAUUUAAUUUUGAAUUUUAAUUGUAAUCUUUUUUAAAAAAUAACUGUGUAUUACACUUGAUAAGGACCUGAACUAAGGUCGAAACGUUGUGUGUGAUCUAUUAAAGAACUUGCCAGUUGUGUCGAUCAACAAGAUAUUACUUAUUUAAAUACAAGAAUUAAUUUGUACGAAGGCGAGAUGAGGCGUGAGGCGGGUAUUGAAUGCACUUUGUACAAAAUCAAAAUGUAAGAUAAGUAGCGCGCCGUCUGUCGCUAAAUACGCUUGCGACUCGCUUCGCGCUCGAUCGAGACCAGGAUCAGGAUCAGAAUUUGUCACCGAAAUUGUUUGUUACCAACAUCUGGUCGGCCGCGCACGCGUGUGUUAAAAUUUCUAAUCAAACCAUUCUCUCUCAUUCUGUAACCGUUCUUUUCCCUUCGUUAGUUUUCAGUCUCUCUUUCUCUCUCUUCGAUUAGCGCUAAGGAAGACCGUGUCACCUUCGCCGGCGACGACGACCUGUAGACUUUUAUACGUAGAUAGCAUGCGAGAGCGAGUUAGCUUUUGAAAGAUGAAAGACGAAGGAAGAAUUUUCUAUAUCGUAAGUAGAACAAGUUCUCUUCAUCCUUAGUCAAGGAGUACGAUGAGAUCUUCGCUCGAGCUCGUCUCAGAGUAAUCCGCCUUAGAGAAGCUCGGCAGUUUUAUAUAAUUUUAUCGAGGAACGUUGACGGGAUCACUCAAAGCAGGAUUAUCGUUCUACGAUAUGUAUCAUUUUUAUCUAAGAUAAUACUUCUCUUAACGAAGAAGAGUGAAGAUCAUCCAUGUAAAUUUAUUGCGCUGCAAGGUCCUUGAUCAGAGCUUAAUUGUUCAGGAUUUCUCUAUUUGUCCUUUUAAAACUUUUGUUUGCUUAAUGUAAAAAUUCAGAGAUUACUCUGAACGCUUUUUUAAAGUUUUCUUGAAUUUCGAAUUUCUUUUUUCUCAGAUAACACACGCGAUGUAUCUUAGAAUGUUUUUCGAUUUAUUCUUUUUGAAUAAAAAUAAUAUCGAUGAAAAGAGUACAUAUUGCGAGAAUGUAGAGAUGAAUUUAGUACUUAGGAUGCAUCGAGGGCGUCCACGUGUCCUCGCGACGUAAAGCAAAUAAAAUGGUUAUUUGGAGAGUAUGUAUACUUGCAAUUAAUUAUAGAAGCAGCCCAAUAUGAUGUGACCUGACUCUUCAUAGCUGAAUUUAAAUCAAUAAUCUAUAGACUAUUACAUUACAACUUAAUAUGGCGAAGUCACGGCGAUCUCUUGCGAGGUGUUCGCUGCUCUUGAAGAAGAUUGUUUGAAUUACGUCUCGAAUGAGGGCGCGAUCGAUUCUGCAAACCCUUGCAUAAAACUUUUCCUACAACGUGCAAAAAUUCAGAUACGUGCAAUUCUCGCACGAUGUAAGAUAGCUGUAACGUUUUAUUGCGACGUGUGUUUGAAUCUUCGAAAAACAAAAGUUAAAUUUCUCAACAUUUAAUUAUCAUAUAUUCACACUUAAGUUAAUUUUAAUUUAUAUAUUAAAGUAUAUAUAAUAUUUAAGAAAAAGUAAAAAAUGAGGUCCAUUUAAUCAUAAAAAACUGUAGUUUAUGAAUAAUAAAAUAAUUUGUAAUUAUAACAAAGAGAAAUACAAACUUUUUCUAUUUUUGAUCUUUUUAAAUAGAUUUCACAUUCAUUAAAAUCUCAUAAAAGUUAUUAACUUAUUAUUAUUUUGUAACAGUUUUAUUCAAGUUUAGAAUUUAAUGCCGUCUUAAUGUUUAUAAAAAUUAUAUUUCCCACAUUCGUGAUGUAAAACUCAAAGAGAGCACAAGUUUUUUCUUAGCGUUUAAAAUUAUUCAUCAAAGUUCUUGUGCCUUUUUAACACGAGAGUAUAUCAUCGAGCGCCUGUAAGUUUUCUCGGAAGGUUUUUCAAUUGUGAGAGAAAGAAAGAGUUUUCGUAGAGAAUCCACUGUCCGAAAUAUUCUUCGAUAUAUUUAUUUAAAAUCUGAUUUAAAAAUAUAUUCUCUCUCUCUCCCUUCCUCCCUCUUUCUCUCUCUCCACAAUUAUAAUUAUUGAUCCGUAUUUUCUAUUCUACGUUUAAUUUCAUAUUUAAAUUUAUAUUGUUUGCCUCUAAGUAUUUAUUUUUAAUAUCACAAUUAUUUUGAUAUCAACAUGAGACAAAAAUAUCGGAUAACUACAUUCAGCCAGAUACAUAGCGAGAAUGCGGACCGUUAUUCUGUUAUCGCAGAAUUGUGACUAGAAUGUACGACUAUGCUAAUUACGAUUAUUUCACCAUAAUCACACCGAUUAAGAGUAAUCAUAUUUGAAAGAGUUUGUUUUCCAUUUCGAAGAAAGGCACACAUAUGUUUUCCGUGGAAAUGCACCGAAUAUCACACGAAUUUCUUCGAACGUUUAAGCAAGAGCUUGGCGCACCUCGAACGAGCUCUCUUCGAAUAACGCGAGUCUUACAGAAGCGCGUCCAGCAAGUUCUUACCAUAAGAUUAAAAUAAUUAAACAUUCCUCGACCACAUUGUAAACGGCUGUACGUAAUGUAAAAUAAUAAAAAGCAGAGCAACACAGAGAGAGAAUGUAUCUAUAUAUAUAAAAAAAAUAUAUAUAUGUACGACGUUGUAACGUGAUGCGUGCGAUGUGCAUGUAAAUUUAUUAUAAAUAAAUUAUUAUAAAGCAAC